AUGCACACAUCUCCCAUGCUGAUCUCUGCAGCCACCAUGAGCAACAUGACUGUGAUUGACACUGCUGACCCCUAUGACCUUGACAUGACCUCAUCUGAGGCCGUCUACCCCAUCAGCUUCCAGGUUUCUCUGACAGGCUUCCUGCUUUUGGAGAUAGUUUUGGGUCUGAGCUCAAACCUCACUGUGCUAGUCCUCUACUGUAUGAAACAGAACCUCAUCAGCUCCGUCUCCAACAUCAUCACCAUGAACCUGCAUGUGGUGGAUGUGUUGGUAUGUGUAUGCUGCAUUCCAAUGACAGCUGUGGUGGUGCUACUUCCUUCAGAGGCAGACACAGCCAUGAUGUGCUGUUUCCAUGAGGCCUGUGUUUCUUUUGCAAGCGUAGCUACUGCUGCUAACGUCCUUGCCAUCACUGUGGACCGCUAUGACAUCUCAGUACGGCCAGCAAACCGUGUGCUUACGAUGAGCCGGGCAGUGGCUCUCCUGGGAUCUAUCUGGGGUUUAUCCUUUUCCAGUUUCCUGGUUCCCUUCGUGGAAGUAGGCUUCUUCAUCAACUCUGGCUCAGACCUGUUGAACCAGACUGCUGUGGUCACAGUAGCUCAUACAAACGAGUACUACACAGAGAUGGGUUUGUACUAUCACCUGCUAGCGCAGAUCCCUAUAUUCUUUUUCACAGCAGUAGUAAUGCUGGUGACUUACUACAAAAUCCUUCAGGCACUUAAUAUUCGUAUUGGGACUCGCUUUCAGCAGAACUUGCCUAAAAAAAAGCACAAGAGUAAAAAUACUAUCUCUUUAAGCACUGCGACACAAGCAGAGUCGACAGAUGCUUCACAGAGCAGCACAGGAGUGAAGGCAGGUGGAAAUGCACCUCUGGGCAUGCGGGCUUCAGUGUCCGUCAUUAUUGCUCUAAGACGAGCAGUAAAACGUCAUCGGGAAAGACGGGAGAGACAGAAGCGAGUCUUCAGGAUGUCUCUUCUUAUCAUCUCCACGUUCUUACUUUGCUGGACUCCAAUAACUGUGCUCAACACCAUCAUCCUCAGCACUGGGCCCAGUGAUUUAACUGUACGCCUCCGGCUGGGCUUCCUGGUGAUGGCCUAUGGGACAACUAUCUUUCACCCUCUCCUCUAUGCCUUCACAAGGCAGAAGUUCCAAAAGGUUUUGAAGAGCAAAAUGAAGAAGAGGGUGGUGUCUGUAGUUGAAGCUGACCCCACACCAAACAAUGUGGUCAUCCAUAACUCAUGGAUUGACCCCAAGAGAAACAAGAAGGUGACCUUUGAGGACACAGAAGCAAGACAAAAAUGUCUAUCCACACAGGAUCCGCAGUAA